AUGAAUCAGUUUCUUAGCACAGCGAACAAGGUGAUUUUUGGUCAGCGACCAGCAGUUAGUCUUCUCAUACAAACAAGAAAUAAAACAAAGACAUGUAAGGCUAUGGCCAAGAGAUUUAUCAAAACCGGGAGCGGCUACAAGAGAAAGCAAGCAGGAAGAAACCACGGUAACGGAAAUUUCAGUGCUCACUCUAUCAGACACCUAGAUUCGUAUGUUGCUGUUACUAACAAGGGUUUGCAUUUGAAAAAGUUGAAAAAGGCUAUGGGAUUCUAA